AUGGCAACAGACGGCUCCGUUCAAGACGUUCCCUUCCCCCCAACCAUCGACGAGCAACUCGGCGAACACCUCCAACCCCACGAAGCAGAGUUCACGACCAAACUCGCAAACUCGAUCGAGCGCUCCAUCCACCUCCGCUACAACCCUGGAGAAGCCCGUCGAGACGUCCACGCCCGCGCCACGGGAGUCCUCAAAGCCAAGUUCCGAGUCCAUGACACCCUCCCUCCCCACGUCGCCAACAAGGGUGUCUUUGUCCCGGGCAAGACUUAUGAUGCAGUUUUGAGGCUGUCGAACGCUUCGGGUAAUGCUGCACAGACGGAUAAAGGGCAGGAUGGACGUGGGUUUGCGAUCAAGCUGUUGGAUGUUCCGGGCCAGAAGUUGCUCGAGUCGGAUAAGGAUGCGACGACACAAGACUUUGUAAUGAUUAAUCAUCCGAUUUUCUUUUCGAAUGAUACAAAGACUUACUUGGACCUCAUCAACAAGUCGGCCCCCGAUGCCACUACCCUCCAGAAGCUGACCAUCCCCUUCACGUUGGGACUCAAGGGCACCCUCAUCGCCGGCGAAUUGGCGUCGGGUAAGAUUGGAAACCCACUCCAGAUCCAGUACUUCUCUGCAGUUCCCUUCCAACUUGGACUGGGCCCCGACCGCAUUGCAGUCAAGUAUUCUGCGAAACCCGUCCUCGCCGACAACGAAAAGGAUCCCAUCCCACACGCCCACGCAGCAGACGACUAUCUCCAUCAAGCCGUCAAAAGGACCCUCUCCCCAACUGCCGCAAAACCCGUCGAAUUCAAGUUCAUGAUCCAACAGCGUGUAGGCUCCCAUAUGGACGUUGAGAACUCGAUGAAGGAGUGGUCCCAGAACGAGUCGCCUUUCCAAGAGGUUGCCACGAUCACCAUCCCGCCUCAGGACGUGGACUCGGAGGAGUUGAACAAGUUGGGCGAAAGACUUUCGUUCAACCCUUGGCAUUCGUUGCCGGAUCAUCGGCCUUUGGGAAGUGUUAACCGGACAAGAAAGAUUGUGUAUGAGCGAAUUUCGAGGGUUAGGGAUGAGAUGAACUCUGUCCCUCGCGAGGAGCCUUCCACCACUGAGGGCUAG